AUGGCAUCCAGAGACCCUACCAUCGGCGACCCGAUCCAAUUGAUUGAAAAUUUUCUCUACCCUCCCGCCACAUCUGCUGCCGAUCAAGCCGUCAAACCCGCCAUCAUUACGAGCAGCUCGCCUCUCAUCACCUUUAUCCACUACACGAAUCACAUCAUUGGUCGAAUACUCGGCGUGAUCGGGUACUGCAUCGUCUGGGCCAUAUACUGGUUCUUCCUCUGGGUUUUCCGGUUCAUUGGCAUACUCUUCUCUGGUGUACUUCCCCACAGCUUGCUUGGCUUGGCGAGCGCGGCACUCCUUCAUCCAAUACUGCACAUACACCGUAGAGAGAAGUGCCCCGGAUUAAAAGAUUGCAAGCUGUUCGAAGGGUUGUUUGGCUGUUGCAUCGGCGGCUCAAUAGCUGCACACCUCAUCCUGUGGAUCGUCCUGUGCCAGUUCUACGACUACUGGUGGUGGGGUGGCUUCUUCAACGCGAUGGGAGGAUGCCUCGGUAUGGCUGUUAUUGUCGUUCCGGUUGCUGCGGGACUGUGGCUGGCGAUCGAAUUUAUCCGCCGUCCCGUGGAGCCGGUUACUCAAAGGCUAGCCGAUGAAGAAGCAGUCUUAGAGAUGGAGAAAGACAAGGACAGUAGGGAAGGUUCGGAGAAGGAGAAGGUCUAG